CUCUGUGCAGCUGGUGGAGCAGUCUCUGGACACCAACCUGCUCAACAGCGCGGUGAGACUCCGGCUGAGUCACUGCAGCGUUCUGCCCGGAGGAGUCCACAUCCAGGAGACUCAACAAUGUCGUCAUCCUCGUCUCCACUAAUCGGAGCGUCCACAGGCUGCUGCUGCCGCACCCCACAUGCAUGUACCGCAGAGAUUUGGCGUCAGAAUUAUACGUGCAGUCCAUCUUCACAGACGUGGGCAAGCAGACUCUGAAAGACCUAGUCAUCCCCGGCUCGCUGAGUCCCAGGACCGGCACUGGCUGGCAUAGAGCAUACGGAGAAACGAUCUAUGCUCUGGCUACACCGGCUGAUGGCAUUGUGCUGCCCUCUCUGCCACCGCACGGCACGCAAGGUAGCAUGUCGGUGGUGGAGCUGAAGAGGAGCGCCAGGAGGACUGACCAAGCUCUCACUUUGGCUUUCGGAGAGCUGGAGGAAGACUGUUUAACUACUACUGCUUUUGCUUUGUGUAAGGAUCACAAGCUGCGCAUGUGGUCCUUCACGAUGUUUGACAUUGGGGAACAGCUGACGGUACCAGACGAGUUCUCAGAGCAGGAGCGACGCUCAGGUCUGGUGUGGAGGCAGCUGGUUGCUGGAGCGAUGGCAGGGACUGUGUCCCGAACAGGAACUGCUCCUCUGGACCGCCUGAAAGUCUUCCUGCAGGUACAUGGCUCUACAUCUCGGGGGAUAAAUCUGAGGUCCGGACGGAGGGGGAUGGUCCAGGAGGGAGGCGUCGUCUCACUCUGGAGGGGAAAUGGCAUCAAUGUCCUAAAGAUUGCCCCUGAAUCUGCCAUUAAGUUUAUGGCCUAUGAACAGAUCAAGUGGCUGAUCCGAGGAAGUAAAGAGGGGGGCAGUUUAAGGGUACAAGAGAGGUUCAUUGCUGGAUCUCUGGCAGGAGCUACUGCCCAGACCAUCAUCUACCCCAUGGAAGUGCUGAAGACUCAACUUACAUUAAGGAACACGGGACAAUACUCAGGUAUGGCUGAUUGUGCCAGACAAAUCAUAAAGACGGAGGGAGUCCAGGCUUUCUACAGGGGCUACCUGCCAAAUAUGCUGGGCAUCAUCCCCUAUGCUGGCAUUGACUUGGCUGUGUAUGAGACUCUGGAGAACGCUUGUCUCCAGAGGUACUGUGUAGACUCAGCAGAUCCAGGAGUUUUGGUCCUGCUGGGCUGUGGCACCAUCUCCAGCACCUGCGGCCAGCUGGCAUCCUAUCCCCUCGCUCUCAUUCGGACACGUAUGCAGGCGCAAGCCCUCUCUGAGGGUAAACCCAAGCUGACCAUGGUGGGCCAGUUCAAAUACAUCAUAUCCCAUGAAGGUGUACCGGUCCUGUAUCGUGGCAUCACCCCCAACUUCCUCAAAGUGGUUCCAGCUGUCAGCAUCUCCUACGUGUACGGUGUACGAGCACAUGAAGAAAGUUCUGGUGGUGGGUUACUAGACUGACACGGAGCAGAGGGAUUCAUGACAAAAAGGGACAGAAAAUGCUUCAUUAUGCUUUUAAGAAGAAGAAGAAGAGGAGAAGUAAUGAUGCAGCUCCUCGGACCGCAAUGAAAAAGAAAGGAAGUCUAGGGCGAGGAGAGGGUAAAAGAGACAUUUGAGAUGGUGCUGCUGUAUGCUUCCCCCUUCUGUUGACCCAGUCAGGUUCAAGCUUGUGUAGCUUGCGGGUAGUCUGCAGGUGGAUCAUAUUCAUUUGUGGAAUUGGGGUAAAGAGAAGAGGUGAAUGUGGCUCCCCCCUGAAACCAUUAUGCCACAUACAUAUAAUACAAAAAAUGCAUUGACACCCAGCGUAUUUGGAUUUUAACAAGCGUCUUUACUUGGUUCAAAGCACAGUCAAACAAUAGAGACAUUUUAAGUACUAUGAAGUACUAGGACAGGUCAUAUGACUUUUGGAAUACCAGGGUAAACAGUAGAACUACCCGUUACAAAGUUAUCUACCAGGAAUGUGUCCUUGCACUACGCGGGGUUGCGGCAAAAGUCAGACCUUCUUGUUUUUGCUGGAGCCCUCUGGAUUAUUUUAGUGUGCAUGGAGUUUAUCAGUCCAAAACUAAGCUACAUAAGCAAACCCACAAACUGUCACCAGCUUUUGAUUUUAAAUGUUGCUAAAUCCUUAUUGGUGCUCAGAAGUACAUGGCAUUGCCUGUUUCUAAUGAAGGUCCGCCCACUUUCAACCACUGAGAAGAGCACAGGCGAAAACAUGCAGAGAAGCUGUCAUUUGAAGUGACCAAAAGAGUUGGCAUUUUGGCAGAAAUGUUGUGUUAAUGUUGGAAUCCAUCAUUCAAAGUAGCAAGCUGAGAGAAAAUAUUUUUUCAGAGGCUUGAAGGCUGAGAGUAGCUUCUAACUGGCAGAUAUUUGGCAAAAGUUUGAAACUUCCAAUGUCUCUUUAUUUAGAGGUUGCCACUGCUGCCUCUGUUUGUUUGGUUGGCGUGAGCAAAACUAGUAAGCUCAUUUUGUGUUUGUUUUUUUGUUUUAUCAGUUUUUAUAAAACAGAUACAUGAUGAAUGUGUAUGUGCACUUUACAUGCCUCAGUGAUGGAAUGAUUCUGUGAGACUGUAAAAAGGACAGGGCUCUAAUUGUUCAGUGGUAUCUGAUGUGUCGAAAGCAUUCAGCUGUUUCCAUCUGUACACCUGCAACAUCCUCAUUACACUUUUAUUAGCACAUGGUCAUCUUUAAAGCUGCACUAAUUCAUUUUUACUGCAGUCAUAACUCAGUUCUCAAGGCCCAA